AUGGCCCACACAAGUAUCCACUGGUUCCGUAAGGGACUCCGACUGCAUGACAACCCGGCUCUGAUGGCUGCUUUAAAGGAUUGUACAGAGAUUUACCCCGUGUUCGUCUUGGACCCACACUUCCGUAAUAACUAUAAGUUUGGGAUCAACCGCUGGCGAUUCCUCAUCGGAGCCCUCAGAGAUCUGGAUUGCAGCCUUAGGAAACUGAACUCAAGGUUGUAUGUUGUUAGGGGGAAGCCAGAGGACGUCUUCCCCGAGCUGUUCCGCAAGUGGAACGUGACAAAGUUGACCUAUGAGUAUGACACGGAACCCUACAGUCUUAGCCGGGACGAAAGGGUGACGGUGCUUGCCAAAGAGCAUGGAGUUGAAGUCAUCUAUAGAAUCUCCCACACUCUUUAUGACUUGGACAGAAUAAUUGAAGAAAAUAAUGGGAAGGCUCCUCUGGUUUACAACCGUCUGCAGACAUUAGUGAAGACCCUCGGUCCUCCCAAAAGACCAAUUCCUGCUCCGACCACAGAAGACAUGAAAGGUGUGAAAACGCCUUAUUCAGAGAGGCAUGAGAAUGUGUACGGUGUCCCCACACUGGAGGAGAUGGGGCAGGAUGAAGCAUCUCUUACAGAGGAGGUGUUCCCUGGGGGGGAACAGGAGGCGCUUAGGAGACUGGAUGAACAUAUGAAGCAAACGAAAUGGGUAUGUAGCUUUGAGAAGCCACAGACAUCUCCAAACUCUCUGAACCCCAGCACCACCGUUCUCAGCCCCUACAUCCGCUUUGGCUGCUUGUCUGCACGUACAUUCUGGUGGCGACUGACAGAGGUCUACCAAGGGAAGAAGCACUCAGAUCCACCAGUUUCCUUGCAUGGCCAGUUACUGUGGAGAGAGUUCUUCUACACUGCCAGUGUGGGUGUCCCCAACUUUGCCAAGAUGGAGGGUAACCCUGUUUGUACACAGGUGGACUGGGACACUAACGCAGAACAUCUGGCUGCAUGGAGAGAGGCUCGAACUGGUUUCCCCUUCAUUGAUGCCAUCAUGACUCAGUUGAAGCAAGAGGGCUGGAUCCACCACCUGGCUAGACAUGCUGUUGCCUGCUUUCUCACCAGGGGAGACCUGUGGAUCAGUUGGGAAGAGGGACAGAAGGUGUUUGAGGAGCUAUUACUGGAUGGCGACUGGGCUCUGAAUGCUGGGAACUGGCUGUGGCUCUCAGCCAGUGCCUUCUUCCACCAGUACUUCAGGGUCUACUCCCCUAUCGCCUUUGGGAAAAAGACGGACAAAAAUGGCGAUUAUAUCAGGAAGUACCUCCCUCAGCUAAAGAAGUUUCCAGCUCAGUACAUUUACGAGCCUUGGAAGGCUCCCCGAAGCAUCCAGCAGGCAGCAGGAUGCAUUGUGGGUAAAGACUACCCAUCUCCCAUUGUAGAGCAUGAGGUGGUCAGCAAAAAGAACAUGCAGAGGAUGAAGGUUGCUUAUGCCAAGAGAUCCCAAAGCUCCACUGAAUCGCCCACUAAAAAGAAAGCUGAAAAGCACAAGACUCCAUCAGUCAUGGAUAUGUUAACGAAGAAGAAGAAGAAGAAGCUCUCUGAGUAG